AUGUAUUUUCCCACAGUCUCUUUAUCUGUGAACAAAAAUAAUGCCUCCAUUCAAAUUCUUAGUGCCUCCAACUACAAGAAGUGGAAACGAGAUGUAGACUUUAGUUUGGAGAUAAUGGACUUGGACUUCUGCUUGCGAGAAGAUAAACCUGGUGCUCCUAUUGAUUUAAGUACUACUACCCAAAGAAUUCUCUAUGGACAAUGGGAAAAGUCAAAUCGUCUUAGUCUCAUUGCUAUGAAAAUAUCAAUUCCUGAACAUCUAUUUAGUGGUUUGCCAAACACUAAAGAUGCCAAAACAUUUGUCAAAGCUAUGGAAAAAAUGUAUGACACUGGUGAAAAUGCAGAAGCUGGACAUCUUAUGGAUGAAAUAACAGCCAUCAAGUAUGAUGAAUCUAAGGGAGUGAGAGAUUUUAUUCUGAAAAUCAUGAAUGUUCAAUCCAAGUUGAAAGAACAUAAAAUUCUUCUACCUGAUACUUACAUUAUUCAUCAUGCUCUUCACACACUUCCUGCCUCUUUUAGUCUCAUUAAGACAGCUUAG